AUGGCGCUUCCCUCACCGUUCGUCGGCGCCCUCGUCGUGGGUUUUGUGACAGCUAUCUACACUUUCUCUAUCAAGCUCUACCGUGCUCGCAUGCUCCUCAUAAAUCGGCGUCGGCAGGGACUCCCUACAGCGCCAAACCACUCAUUUCUCUUUGGCCAUUUGCUCUACCUGAAGAGCGUACUCGAUCGUCAUCCAAAAGAUGCACAUUACCAAUUUGGGUUCGCCGCAAUUGCUCGGGAGAAGUUUGCUAGUGAAGGUGCCUUCUAUAUGGACCUGUGGCCAAUGAGUGGCCUAUUCCUUACCGUGACUUCGCCGAAAGUCGCGACUGAGAUCACGCAAACCAAUCCAAAACUCACGUCCGAUCGUCCUCAGCUCCUUCGCAGAUUCUUAAAGCCCAUCACUGGCGGUCUUACAAUUUUUGACCUCGACGAAAAAGACUGGAAGCCAUGGCGAGCAGUGUUCAACAAGGGAUUUCACAGCGAGCGUAUGUAUGGUCUUGUACCUAACAUGGUCGAGGAGGUCCAAGUCUUUGCCGGAGCCUUGCGUGAUCACGCAGCUAGGGAUCAGCUUUGCUUCUUGGACCCGAUUACUUUACGCUUCACCAUUGACAUGAUUGGGCGCUCUAUUAUGAAUACUUCAUUGCACGCACAAACCGGCUUCAACGAUCUCGCAGACGGCAUGCUCAGCCAGAUCCGCUGGCACAAUCCCAACGCUGAAAUCAACCCGUUCAGCCACUUCAAUUUCGUGCGCGCAUUCGUGCACUGGAAGAACCGUCGGCAGAUGGACAGGUAUAUCGGAGCUGAACUUGACAGGAGAUUUCAAGAGUACAAGAGCAAUGCUGAGAGUAGCGCAUCCAAGUCGGUCAUAGAUCUUGCGCUACAAGAAUACCUCAAAGGAUCCGAGAAACUCCCCGACAAGCUAGACCCCAGCUUCCGCGCUUUUGCAAUCCGUCAGAUCAAGCUGUUCAUCUUCGCGGGGUACGACUCAACCGGGAGCACGUUCUCCGUCACUCUCAGACGUCCUAUCCUCCAAACUCUGCGUGAAGAACACGACAAAGUACUAGGCUCUAACCCAGCGGCCGCAGCCUCCCGACUCGCGGUAGAGCCUCGCAUCAUAAACAACCUACCCUACACCCUUGCCGUGAUCAAAGAAGUGCUACGGCUCUUCCCACCUGCUGGCACUACGCGUGCGGGCAAGCCUGGUGUCAGCGUUACAGACGACGCCGGAAACGCGCUUCCCACCGAUGACGCCAUCCUCUGGAUUCUGCACGUGGAAAUGCACAACUCGCCGAAUUACUGGGUCCGAGCUGACGAGUUCUUGCCAGAACGCUGGUUGGCGUCACCGGAUGAUGAACUGUACCCUGCGCCUGGUGCGUGGCGGCCCUUUGAGCUGGGGCCGAGGAACUGUAUUGGUCAAGCGUUGGUGUUGAUUGAGCUGAGGGUCAUACUUGCUUGCCUGGUUAGGGAGUUCGAUAUUGUGCCGGCGUACGAUGAGUGGGAUAGGCGGCAUCCGACGGAAGGAGUGAAGUUGCUCCGUGGGAAUCCGAGCAUGCAGAAACAACGCCCUUGUGACAUCGAAUACCAAACUAACAACCAAAUCGCCACGCAACCCACCUCCCAACCCGCCAUCCGCGAAAUCCGCGCAUCCUACAACACGGAAUCCAUCACCGUCUACCAAGCCUACAACUCGACCAUCGCCUCCGCAGCAGUCACUGCCCAGAAACUAUCUGCCUCUCCGCUGUACAAGCCUGGCCGCACAACAUGGAUCAAGCCCUCAUGGUGCUGGAUGAUGUACCGCAGCGGCUACUCGUACAAAGACGCUAACCAAUCGUGCAUCCUCGCGCUCAAAAUGAAGCACGAGCAUUUCGCAACGCUGUUGAGGAGUGCCCUCGUCGCGGGUGAUCCGCGUGCCGCUAAAGAGGGCGGCGCGACUGUUGUGCAGUGGGAUCCCGAGCGGGGGGCGAGACUGGAGAAGUUGGGGUGGAGGAGUAUUCAGAUUGGGAUUAGGGGCGAGGUAAGGGAGAGGUGGAUUGAGGAGUGGAUUGGGAGUAUUGAGGAUGUUACUGAGGUUGCGAGGGGGAUGAAAAAGAAGGUGGAUGAGGAUGCAGAUGUUGGGGUUAAGGAGCUUGUUAGGACGGGGCUCGUGCCGGAGGAGAGGUUGUAUGCUGUUGAGAGGGGGAUUGUGGAGAGGCUUGGGAUGAGUGGGUAG